AUGAUCCGGAAAGGGGUAUUUUGUUUCCAGGCCCAAUGUAUCGGUACCGGGUAUGGAAUUCGGGUGACGAGGGUUAAUGCGCGAGAGUGUGCCGCGCGUUACCGUGGUUUACCGCUCUUAUCCUCUGAUAGCCGCGCAUACCCGCAGUCGCAUGGCGUUCCACACAAGGCACCAAUUUUGUCUGCUCUAAACAUAAAAGAGCAAUACCGUCCCUCUGGCGAAAAAUCCGUUUUAGUAGUACUAACUUGUUCACUUCUAAUGGCACCUGUGGAAACAAACCAUCCUUCUGAAGGAGUUGUGCCUCGCGCAUACUCCUCCACCAUUCCUCUUGGAGAGUAUCUUUUUUUGCGUAUUGCACAGGCAAAUCCCCAGUUGAAGUCUAUCUUUGGAAUUCCUGGAGAUUUCAAUUUACGUCUUUUGGAGCAUUUGUACGCCCCUUCUGUUGCAGACGAAAAGAAUAUCGAGUUUAUUGGAAUUUGUAAUGAGCUCAAUGCCGCAUAUGCUGCUGAUGGUUAUGCUAAGGCCAUUAAAGGCUUGAGUGUCUUAAUUACUACUUAUGGUGUUGGUGAGCUUUCUGCGCUCAAUGGCAUUGCUGGUGCAUUUGCAGAGUUUGCUCCUGUUUUGCACAUCGUUGGAACAACAUCUACUAAACAAUCUGCCCAGGCUAAAUCUGCCCAACCUAAAGAUGUCAGAAAUAUUCAUCAUUUAGUCCAAAGCAAAAACGCCUUGGCUGCUCCAAAUCACGAUGUCUACAAAAGAGCUGCUGAAGACUUUUCGGUAGUUCAAGAAACUUUGGGCGUGGACGCCGAUGAAAACGUCAAGAAAAUUGACAAAGUCAUCACAACUAUCUUGAAGGAGAACAGACCUGGUUAUUUAUUCAUCUCGAGUGACCUUCCAGACACUCCUGUCCCCAGACAGGCUUUGGAAGCUCCAAUCAGUCUCAAUGAGAUGAAGAACAGCGAACUUUUGGAGGAUAUCGCCGCCACCAUUUUGAAUAAGUUGUACUGUUCGGAAAGACCUUCUAUUCUUGGAAGCCCUUUGGUUUCCCGGUUUAGAGCUCAAGAAAACUUUACUAAGUUUGUGGAGUCCAUGCCAACGAAUUUUGUCAAGUUAUUCUCUUCUGCGAUGGCCAGAAACGUAAAUGAGUCUUUGCCAAACUAUGUUGGCAUGUACCAGGGUUACUUGACCGUCGAUAAAAACAUUAUUAGCAGUUUGGAGGAAAAGACAGACUUCUUGUUAAACCUCGGUCACUUGAACAAUGAAAUUAACUCCGGAGGGUACUCCCAGAAGUUUGACAAAAUCGAAGACUAUGUCGAGGUUCAUCCAGAUUACAUAUACAUGGAUGGAACUUACACGCAUAUAAAGAACAUGGAAACUGGUGAAAGAGCUUUCUCGCUUGAUGAUUUGAUGGCCAAGCUUGCUGCGGACUUUGACAAAAAGAAGCUCGUUAAUAACGACGGAAAAGUCAACAACAUUGACUACAAAUAUGAGCCACCAAAGUUUGCAUUGAAUGACACAGUGGAUGAGAGAGUUAUCACCCAGAACAAGUUGACAGAUUUUUUCAACAACUACUUGCAACCAGAUGACAUUUUGAUUGCUGAAACAUGUAGUUUCCUUUUCGCCAUUGGUGACUUAUUGUUUCCUAAGGGGGUUGAGUUUUACUCGCAAUACUUUUACGGGUCAAUUGGUUAUGCUUUGCCAGCUACUUUGGGUGUCUGUCGCGCUGUGAAAGAUUUGGGUAGCAAGAGAAGAAUCAUUUUGAUUCAAGGAGAUGGCUCAGCGCAAAUGACGAUCCAAGAGUUGUCGUCAUAUUUGAGAUAUGACAUUGAAGCACCAAAGAUUUUCCUUUUGAACAACGAAGGGUACACGGUAGAGAGAAUCAUUUUGGGUCCUACUAGAUCCUACAAUGACAUUCAAGACACAUGGAGAUGGACGAACUUUUUCAAAAUCUUUGGCGAUGCGAAGGAAGAAAAGCACACGAGUAAAUUAGUACAAACUGCCCCGGAAUUGAAAGCAAUCAACAGAGAGAAAUCCGACAAGAUCGAAUUGUACGAACUUUGCUUGCCCAAGUUGGAUGUUCCAGAAAGAUUUAAGAAGAUGUUUCACUAG